CCCUCCAUCCCUCUGGAACUUUCCCUCCUUUUUUAUAUGUAUGCCAAAUUUUCUCGCCCACCAAACACCUGAUUUGCUCUUUCUACUUUCACACACCUCUCUUCUCGCUCCAGUGCUUUCGAUCACUUUUCCUACGCACUAUAGUUGCGGAUAUUUAGCUUGGUGGUUUCAGAGUAAUUGGGGGAGGAUGAGCAGAAUUGCGGAUUCGUUCAAUGGAGAUUUGAACAGUCUGUUCAAUCUUCCCGAAACAAUUGAAAGAUUCAUGUUUCAACCUCGAGCUCACGACUCCCAAGAAACCAGAGGCCUGUCUAACAUCCCAGUGGACAUUUUGGAAACUCCCAAGGACUACGUAUUCUACAUGGACAUCCCUGGUCUCUCCAAAACCGACAUUCAGGUGACAGUGGAAGACGAGAACACACUGGUGGUCCGAAGCAACGGGAAGAGGAAACGCGAAGAAGGGGAAGAAGAAGGGUGCAAGUACCUGAGACUUGAAAGGAGAGCGCCGCAGAAGCUGGUGAGGAAGUUUCGGUUGCCGGAGAAUGCCAAUGCGGCAGCCAUCAGUGCAAAAUGCGAGAAUGGUGUUCUCACUGUGACUGUUGAGAAGCAUCCGCCACCGCCAAAAUCCAAAGCAGUUCAAGUUGCCAUCGCCUGAAGCGAAAUACUUUGGAUUUCUGUUUUUUUGCUGAAAACUAUGUUGCCAACGCCGAUGUAUGCCUGUGGUUUGUGUCGGGAAAUUUGUAGCUUCUUCCUCAAUACUGUGCUCCUAAUGAUUCCUCUCGCCAUGAAGCUAGACACCUCAAGUUACUUACUGUGGAAAGUAAAUGAAUUUGAAUUAAGAAAGUUGUAAAAUCUA